AUGGAAGCAGACAGAACAAUAAAGUCGCGUGAACAAAAGGAGUUUCGCGACAACAAACUACCUGAAACACUGGACUACGACAUUGACAUUGAAGGAUUUCCUGUGACAACGCUCGAACUCGUUUUGAACACAAGGAUGAAUGUACCGGAAGGUGAAUUUGGAAACGAAAGAAACGGUUCCCGUAAAUCUAACAGACAACGGACCAAGAAGGUCGGCAUAUACACGGACAAGAACGGGCAUGGAUCUUUUGCAUGCGAAGCGACCAAAGGCAAUGAUUGGCAGUUGAACUGCGAUCUCAGCGGCCUUGUUUACUUCAAUACCGAAGCGUGUUACAUUGGAGGAGGCGUAGAAGAGGCGGAGUGCGGAAACGCUACCACGGAAGGAGAACUGUUAACCUUCUACCCACCCGAUGUUGAGAGAUCAAAGCGUUCCGUUGCCACGCACCAUACAGCAGAUUUACUGGCUCGUGGACGUCGUUCCAUCCUCCCUUCUCCUGGUUUUAAGGUCGUUGAAAUGGCAUUUGCGUUGGAUGCCGCAUUCAUGGACCAAUUUUACGAUCGCCAUCCCGGAAAUACGGCGGCGGCCCGAGAAGAAGCUGAAAUUUUUAUGGCCCUUUUGGCAAACGAGAUGAAUGUUUUCUACGCAUCCGUUAAAGAGGCCUCUAACGGUGCCCUCGACCUUUACGUUUACCCUGCGGCCGUCGUCUACCCAAGUUACGGGUCUGAUUUCGCCUGGUCCGCAAACCACAAAAGUGGCACUACUCUUUUAUCGGGUACUGCCUUUGACGCUGAUCUGAGAGCGUUUUUCAGCAGUGGCUUCACAUCCAGGCAACAUGAGCAUGCAAUGGCUCUUACUGGGUUAGAUCUCCUUGGCAGCGAUGGAAGCAGCGGAUUGCUAGGAUACGCCUACGUGGGAACAGUAUGUGUAAACACUCAGUACAAGUACUCCAUCAACGAGUACACCGCCUCCAACGUGGCGUGGGUGGCGUCACAUGAGCUGGGACACGCACUUGGUUCUCAACAUGACCAGUCCACCGACUGUCCGGCCGGCAGGAACGUUAUGUCAGCCUACCUGUUUUCGCCUUCCUCCACCACCGCGGACACUUACAGCAGAUUUUCGACGUGCAGCGCAAGCCAAUUUAUCACCCAUCUAAACAGAUGUACUGUGGCAUAA